UUUUGGAGAUAAGUUGUAAGAAUGUAUAGAAAUAAAAAGGAUGUGGAUAAACACGUGGAAAAUUUGAUAGCGAAGUUAUCUGUAAAAGAGUUUAAAACACGAGCAUAUUCAAUUGGUCGUCUCUAUUUUGAAGUGGGGGAUUACGCUAGUUGCAAAUUAUAUGUGGAGCAAUAUCUUACUCAAAAAGAUAAUAAUGCCGCGGCGUACAAGCUGCUUGGACAAGCUUUACAAAAACUAGGACAGAAAGAAAAAGCUCUUGAGCAGUAUAAAACAUCAUUGGAUAUAGACCCAACACAAACCAGCACUAUUUUGGACAUUUGCGAGCUACUUGCAGAUGAUGAUGUCAGCAUUGAUCUGGGACGUGCAAAAUUCUGGUGUGAGAAAGCAGAGGCAACAUUCCCAAGACAUCCUGUGACAUUUAAAAUCCGUGAAAGAUUGGUAACAGUGUCUAAUUCUGACCCAGAAGCAAUUGUUAAUUUGCUAACAGCUGAAUUGGCAGCAAGACCAAAAGAUGCACUGCUUCAUAUUCGUCUACUUAAACAUUAUAUGCAAACAAAUGAUAUCAAAAAGGCAAUUGACCAUGCCUGUAAUUUAGAGUUUGGUGUGAAAACUUUCUCAAAUAAUUAUAUUUGGUAUGAGACCCUAAUUGAUCUUCUUAAACAUUAUUCUGACAGCCAGAAUGAUUGGGUUUUCCAGCUAAUUUUAUUGACUAUUCGAGAACGGAUUUGUGUAUUGAGUAUUACAGAAACACCUAGUGGAUCCUCAAAAAGUUUAGUAGAAACAAAUGAACUUCUUCAUGCCUAUGAUCAAGCUAUAGAGACUGUGGCUAGAGCUGGUGCAACCCCAGGGCAUGCUGAAUUUCACACAUGUUUAUUACAACAUCAUAGAGGUCAAUUAUCAUUCAUUGUCGCUACAUUUCUGUUAAAAAAAGCUAAAAAGGAUCAGCUAUGCUGGCGUGACACUGUAAAAUUCGCAGCUCCCCUAAUGUUAAUAGCAUGGCAUACAGAUCCUCAGGACCUUAAAGUGAAUUGGUUAAUGCAUGCUACAGAGAAACAACAACAAGCUGCUCGCCGCUGGUCUACAGAAGGUGCAUACAGAUGUUCUCAAUCUGGCCACUACCUACUUUCAAACAUACAAGAUCAAAGUCAGCUCUUGCUAGACCGCAUUUCCCAAUGUUGUUCUGAUACUCAUUGGAAAGACAAAUUAUAUGAAAAGAUAUUUAUUAGUAGAGAACAUUUGACCAAGAUAAAAUCUUCGCACAUCAUUUCUAAUUCUUUUAGUGCACCAGUUCUUAGGUUGCCCAGAAAAAUAGAAGUAGAAACACAUGACAUUAACGCUCAAAGAGAAUACCCUAACUCACUCCAUCAUUUUGUCUGGAUAUUGUUGAACUACAAAAACUAUUCACACUUUAAGUGCACUCUCUUCGAUAUGCUAACACCAACAACAUCAGACUGUGGUCCUGAAACAUUAAAUAAAUUUGAUAUUCAGGCAUUCCUUUAUUGUGCUGCGUUAACAGCAAAACAGCAAAAGCAUAAUCAAGGAAUUUAUGCUAUUCCUGAUAAACCAACUGUUUUACCAGCUAUUAUUACUGACUUAUUAUGUACUCUACCUCAAAUGAAAUGGUGGGACUGCGCUUAUAAGUUUAAUCAAAAUGAGUUGGGUACAGAAUUAACAGAUAUACGAGCAACUCUCAGUCGAGGUAUAGAAGUAGUAAGGUGUGUUGAUAGCCAUGGGUUAGAUCCUGAACUACUAUGUACUUUAGGCCGAAUAUUUAGUGAAAAAGCUAAGCUAACAACAGUUGUUAAUGAAAAGAAUAGUUUAGAAAUAAGAGCUGGUCUUUACUAUUCUUCUGCUAUACCUUUACUAGAAAGAUUAAAGAGCAAGAUAGUAAUGAAAAUGCCUGAAAAACGUUUGUUUGAUUACACGCAUAAAGAAAUCGGAACAAAGGAUUUGAUGUUAUUAAUAGAAGAAAGUAAAUUGUUUGUGGCUAUAAAUUACCUCAAUGACUGUGAUUAUGAUAAAGUUAUUGAAAUUUUAUCUAAUUUGAAAUCUCCACAAGCAUAUUAUUAUCUUGGACUUACAUACAAAAAAAUUGCUAUUGAAGAGAACAAUUCAUCUAAAGAUGUAAAUUCAAUUGAUACAAAAACCAAAUGCGCGUCAUUGCUUACUAGGGCUAGAAAUUUUUCUUACAAAGCACUAGAUAGUCUCAAAAAUUCAGGUAUACAUAAGGACAAUUCAUUAUAUUCUGAUACACAAAUCAUGAUUGAAGAUAUAGAAACACAUUUAAAUAAAAUAGAUCCAGACCUUUCAAUUACAGCUAUUAAUGAUGCAACUGAUAAAUAUUCUUCAGAUGAUUAUGUAUCAUUUAUUGGAAGUGAAUGUAAUUCAAGACAACCAGGUUCUCACAUUUACCGCAAUAUAAGCUCCACACCAAAACAAUUCAGUUCAAACGUCACUAAAUACCGUACUGCUAUGGACUCGCAUAUUUUACACACAGAUAACACAAGGGCUGAUCGACAAUUUUUAGAAAGAAUUGAGAGUGAAAUAAAGAAUUUGCAAAAAAGAGAUAAUACUAUUAGUGAUUUUAUGGAACAGAGUAAAACUUGGUUUGAAGAAAACAGGAACUUAAGUAAUCAAAUUAUUAGUACUAUUCAUACUAAUAUUCAGAAUACUACAGAUCAAUUUAAACUCCUAAAGAUUUCAGUAGACCAUGUUACAGAUCAAAUUGAUGAAUGUAGGAAUGAAUGUAAGGAUGUAGGAGACUUGAAGAAACAAAUAGCGGAAUUAAAGAAAGAAGUCAAUAAACUUAAAAAAGCUUCAUCAGAACAGGCAAUAGACGAAAGUGAUUUGUACAAUUUAGAUGAUGACUAUAGAACUAGUGACAAUACCACUUUUGCUGCACAGCUACCCUUUACACCGCCACAUGUCAUUCCUUCAUUUAAUCAACGUCUUGUGCCUCCGUUUGCUGUACCACCAAAUCCUUAUCAACUGUACGGUCAAAAUUUGUAUAACUUCUAUAGCCAGUAUCCACAAUUUGCACAGGCGGCUCAAAUGCCGGGAGCUCCACCAAUAUUUGAUCCAAAUAGAGCUCCAUUGAAUUAUCCCGGAAUAUAUACAACUCCGGAUCAAAUGUAUUUAGAUGUAUCUCAGCUAGUAUCAUCAAAUAUUCCUGCUCCAGUAGUUUCAUCGGUAUCUGCAGUACCAACUAUUCCUAUUUUACCAACGAUUUCAACGGCCUCUACGGCUGCGACUAUAGCAGCAUCAGUUGUUUCUACUAAUACAUGUUCAAUGAUACCUUCUAAGUCAGUUCAAACAACAGAUUCAAAAGAAAUAUCGCGUCCAUUACCUGUAAACGUUGUAAUUACUUCGUCAGACCCACUGCCUACCUGCACAACAACCCCAGCGCCAAUACUUAGCGUGACAAUUCCUUCUAAACAUAUCAAAGGAACUGCUCAUAACUAUCAAAUACCAAUGCCUUCUACUAAUGAUACUAAAGUAAUAAAUCCUCCAAUAUUUAGUUUCCCAUCCGGAAAUAAAACUGUAAAUACAACAUCAAGCCCUUUCACGAAUUGGAACCAAUCAACAGUGUUUAAAACUCAGGCUUUAAGCGUCUCUAAUGCGGGAGAUAUCUCCACGGACACCUUAUCAAACUCAACAAAUGUUAAUGAUUCACUAGAUAACUCCAAAAAUGUUGUGGAUGGAGUAUUUACAGGAAAUUCACCAAAUAUUACUCUCAACAAAUCUAGGACUUUAUCUGAGAGAAGUAAUACGUCAGUGGAGAAUUAUGAUCCUUGUCCAGAUUUCAAACCUAUCAUACCAUUGCCAGCUGAAGUAAAAGUGACAACUGGUGAAGAAGAUGAAGUAUCAAUAUUUAGUUCAAGAGCUAAACUGUUUCGUUUCGUUGAUAAACAGUGGAAGGAGAGAGGACUUGGCGAUGUAAAAUUGCUUAAACAUAAAACCACGGGUAAGGUAAGGGUUUUAAUGAGACGAGAACAAAUUCAUAAAAUUUGUGCCAAUCAUAUUAUUACACCUGAAAUGGAAAUAAAACCCAUGAAAAAUGAAACAAAAGCUUACUUUUGGGUUGCGAAUGAUUAUGCAGAUGAAACUGUUGUCUUAGAAAAGUUCUGUAUACGUUUUAAAACUGCUGAUAUAGCACUGCAAUUUUAUGAGGCGUUUGAAAAGGCUCGUCAGGAAUCUUCACUUAAUGUAGUAAGCACUCCUAAAUCUGAAAAUAAAGAAAAGUUUGAAUCCUCUACUCCACUAUUUACAACUCCUGUAAAAAUAACUGCAGAACAAACUCAGAUAUCAAAAACAGUUAUUGGAGGCUUUACUUUCAGUAGUACGCCGACUUUUAAGCCUGUUGAGGUUAAUAUUAAAUCUGAUACUAAGUUAUUGGAGCCAGCAACAACAAAAUCAAAUAUUUUCAGUGGUUUGACUCUUAAAACUUCAACAAAUUCACCCUUUAAUAGCUUAUUUAAGCCAUCUACAAACCAAGUACCCACAGAUACCACUAAUAUAGAGUCGACUACAGAAUCAAAAAUUUUUAAUAAUUCUGAUAGUGUAGAGGAAUUUGAACCUACAGUGGAAUUUAAACCUGUUGUACCAUUACCUGCUUUGAUAGAACAGAAAACUGGCGAAGAGGAGGAGAAUAUUAUGUUCGAACAUCGGGCUAAAAUAUUGCGAUUUGAUGCUUCUACUAAAGAAUGGAAAGAGCGAGGACUUGGCAAUAUAAAAGUGCUUGUGCAUAAAGAUAAUAUACAAAAAGUUAGGUUACUAAUGAGGAGAGAACAAAUUAUGAAGGUGUGCUGUAAUCAUGCAGUCACGAAAGAAAUGAUUUUCCAGAAAAUGCCAAAUAUGGAUAAGGCGGUAACAUGGGGAGCGAACGAUUUUUCGGACGGUGAAUUAGUUGCUGAAACAUUCUGUCUACGAUUUAAAACUGCCCAAACUUGUGAUAGUUUCAUCGACGCCAUAAAAACAGCGCAAUUAAAAAUGAAAGAUGGAUCCAAGGCUGCAAAAGAAGAACAAAAUGCUGCAAAACAGAUAAGUCAAACUGGUUUCGGGGAUAAAUUUAAACCAAAAGCAGGUUCUUGGUAUUGUGAGUCAUGUUACACAAAUAAUUUAGAAAGUUUUGAUAAAUGUGCUUGUUGCGAAAAACCUAACCCCAAAGGCUCUACUUCUGAAAAUAAUUCAAUUCCACCUAUUAACUCAACCUGGGGAGAAACUUUCAAGCCUAAGCCAGGAACAUGGGAAUGUAAACUAUGCUUAAUUCGUAAUGAGGCUAACUCUGAAUGUUGUAAUGCAUGCAAUACCCCAAAAGAUCCAACAACAAAACAAACUGGAGUAAAACUUAGUUCUGAUAAUGCGCCAAAAUUUAAGUUUGGUAUAUUUACACAAACAAAUGCCACUGCACAAGCAGAAACUGUUAUUCCAGAAUCAACUACGCCAGUUUCUUCAGGUUGGGGAGAUAAAUUUAAACCAAAAGAAGGCACUUGGGAGUGUAAAGGAUGUUUUAUCAGAAAUGAAGCUAGUAAUGAAAACUGCAUUGCAUGUAAUAAUCCGAAAAAUCCAGAAUCUAUUACUAAACAAGAACCAAAAUCUAUAUUUGGUCUUGGUAGUUCCGGUUCUAAAUUUACAUUUGGUAUACCAAUAUCUGACCAACCAACUGGAGGGUCUUCAACAGAAGUUCAGUCUACUUCAAUUUUUGAUGGCACUGGAGCCCACAAAUUUACUUUCGGAAUUCCUUCAAAUCAACAAGAUGAAGGAACGAAUGUAUCUUUUGGAGAUAAGGCAGCGACUUCCAGUUUUGGAUCUCUAAAAAUGAGUGAUGAGAAAGAACCAGUUGAUUUUACUACAAAUAAGAGUGAAGAAAUUAAAAAUGUUGCAACAAUGAAACCAGGACUAUUGCCAACGCCAACUCCUAAUAAUGAAAAUACUCCUCCCGGUAAAGAAGGAGGUACAUUCGGUUUUGUUUUUAAACCCAAAACACCAACCAAAGGAAAAAGUCCAAUAAAGUCACCUAAUAGUCAAAAAGGUGAAGAUAGCGAUGACAAUGAAUAUGCUUCGGAAGACGAAGGGCAUCAUAUCCACUUCAGUCCAGUCAUACCAAUGCCUGAUAAAGUUGAAGUAGUUACUGGGGAGGAAAACGAGACAGAGCUUUAUGGUCACAGGGCCAAGUUAUUCAGAUUCAUGUCUGGUGAAUGGAAAGAAAGGGGUAUUGGUAUAGUCAAAAUAUUGAGACACAAUUAUACUGACAAAGUAAGAGUUGUUAUGCGCCGGGAACAAGUUUUGAAGAUCUGUUUGAAUCAUGUUUUAUCGCCAGAUAUUACAUAUACACCUAAGGAUGAUAAGACUUGGUUAUUUGCUGCUAAUGAUUUUAGUGAAGGAGAGUUGAGUCUUCAACAAUUUUGUCUGAGAUUUAAAACAAAUGAAAUUGCUAUAGAAUUUAAGGCAGCCAUUGAUGAGGCGAGAGAAGGAAAAUUGAUAAAUAAAAAUGAAGUCGAUAUUAAUAAAUCAAGUCAAAAGAAAACUGAUGAUUCUGACGAUGUUAUUUUUGUUAGUGAAAUACAAGCAUCUGUCGAGGAAAAGAAAAUAGCUAAGGAAUUAAUGUUGCCUGAAAACUUCUUUACAUAUAAAAAUCAAAAGCCUUGUUCUGGUUGUCGUGGCUGCAAUGAUGAUGAUAAUCUUAAAUCUACAUCAACAGGAAUUGUAGCUUCAGUAUUUUCUCCAUUUACUUCUGUAUCUACACCAACUAGAACUUCAAUACUCGUUUUUCAAAGUCCAGCUCAAUCACUGUAUGGAACUCCUACCAAUGUCGACAAAUCAUUUGAUAAUUCUAUGUUCCGAACGCCAUUAGGCGCUAUUGGUACAAACACCAAAUCUACAAUCCUUACAAGCAAUAACACCUCCACGAUUGGACUUAAUUCUACAAACAAAGAAAAUUCUUUUGAUGAAAAUUCUUUGCAUCAUGAUACAUUAGUAGAACAAAAAAGUGAUGAAAAACAACAGAGUCAAACAACAUCUAAAAGUUCAAUAUUAGCAGCUCCUAAGUUGAGUAACUUAAAUACCUCGGGAGAUGAAAAGGUGGCCAUUGAAACCAAAUCCAUAUUAGAUGCUACACAAACUGGAAAUGUGGAGUCUAAAUCUGUAUUUUCUCAAGCUAAUCCCUUAUUUGGAAGUAAAAUAUUUGGUGGUGGAAAUUCAGGGACAUCAAUAAGUCAAUCAAUUUUCGCUAUAUCUUCUGAAAAAAAGGAUGAAAAUGAAAAACCAGGCGCAAAAUCAAUAUUUGCAACAGAUGAUCACAAACCAGUUGGGUUUGGUAAAGGUAAUAUAUUUGGAAUGAGUGGAUUAACUAAUACUCAAAAUAAACCUAGUGCAGGUAUAUUUGGUUUGAGCGGAAAUUCUAUAUUUGGUGCAAAUGUAACCCAAAAUCAAAGUUUGGGUACAGGAAAAUCAAUAUUUGGAGUUGCGGCUGAUCCAAAUCCAAAUAAUCAAUGGACUGUCAAUACUGGAUCAUCAAAAAACUGUGGAGAUAAAGAAGUAGAUGUUACCAACAAUACAAACUCUGCUGAUAUUAAACAAGAGACGCCAUUUAAAGUUGAUAAUCAGUUAUCAUUUGCUGCACUGUCUUCUAGCGCACCUGGAUUUCAAAAAAAAACUAAUUUUCAAUGGGAAGGUGCUGGACAACAAUUGUUUGGAACUAAAUCUGGAAUAGGUGCUGAUACAUCUAAAAACGAUAGUGGUGCUGGUGAUGAGGUUGGUGGAAAUAAUGGCGGUGAUGAAGAAUAUGAUCCUCAUUAUGAACCAAUUGUACCAUUGCCUGAGAAAAUUGUUGUUACUACUGGGGAAGAAGAUGAGGAAAAAAUAUUUGGUGAACGUUGCAAACUGUAUCGCUAUGACGACAAAACCCGAGAAUGGAAGGAACGCGGUGUAGGUGAAAUGAAGAUUUUAUAUCAUCCUGAAAAGAAAAGCUACAGAUUAUUGCUCCGGCGAGAACAGGUUCAUAAAGCUGUGCUGAAUAUGCUGUUAUUCAUGGAUUUAGAACUUUUACCAAUGAAGAACUCUGAUCGUGCGUGGACGUGGGCAGGUCGGAAUUACGCGGAAACAGCUGUCGGCGAACAGGAAACCCUCGCUGUGAGGUUCAAGUCCUCAGAAUUAGCCACGUCUUUCCACGACAAAAUUGUCCAAUGUGUACGAAAACUGCAAGCUCAAGCUGCACAAGCUAUAAGAGAAGAAAAGGAGAACAAGGAUAAUGUUUUCAGCACAGUUGCACCGUUAAGACUACCAAAGCAUUUGGUAGAUAGUGUCCGCGCUGACAACUCAAUGUUAACGAAAGUGAUUGAACACACGCAGUCAGGUGCGUCGGCUACUACAGAGCAAACACCAACUGAAGUAACUACGGGUAGUAAACCCAACGGCGACGCCAAUAAAGGAUCUUCAGUUACUGAGAUAUUCAAACAAGUACAUUUCCAAGACCCUGAAGAGGAGAAUCAGGAGGAUGAGGAAGAUGAAGAAGAUUAUGAACAUGAGUAUGAUCAUAAUGAAGACUAUGAUGGGUAUUAUAAUGAGGAUGAAGAUGAGUCAUCAUCGUACUACUCAUGUGACGGCGAAGUGGUUGUGCGACAAGGCGACACAGAGACCGCAUGUGAGCAUGGACAUAUACAAGUACUGUAUGAUCAAGAUAUCUAUUCGCCUAAGAUCCUCAUCACUGAUUCAGCCACUGGUGAAAUACUCGCGGACAUGCUAAUACACACGGAUACAGAAUUCCAGAUGUCUGGUGACUCGUGCAUAUGGUCGGGUACGGACUACACAAGCAACGACCCCGUCUUCAAAACCGUUACCGUAAAUUUUCACGAUAAUGAGACUGCAAUGCUGUUCUAUGAUAGUUGCGAAACAAGUAAAGCGGCCACAUACACUUCAACAGAUCCGGAAUCGUAAAUCUCACAGAUAUAAUAUAACUUGGAACAUAACAUAUACCUUAUUUAAUAAAACAUGCCGUAAUUUUUAGUGAAUCAUGAGUCUGCUAUCUAUGAUUAUUUGAAUUGUGAUUCUAAUUCUCUAAUAUUUGUAUUUGUAACUCCAACUCAUGUUAUAGGAAAACUACCCACAUCCCACCAAUUCCCGCUUAAAAA